CAUCUCGCUCCGCCAAUGAGAAGCCGGCACGGAGGGAGGGGCGGGGCGGCGGCAGCGGCGGGCGGUGAUAGGCCUGCGGUGCGGGCUCGGCUGGUGCGUGAGGGGGGUUUCGGCGAGUUGCUGUUGCGGAGGUGCGGGGACUGCGGUGCGGGACGAGACGGGACGGGACAGGACGGGACAGGACAGGACAGGACAGGACAGGACAUGGUGGGCUCCAGCGAAACCGGCGGCGAGUCGUGGCGGGGCCGCUACUACCGCCUGGAGGAGGUGCAGAAGCACAACAACAGCCAGAGCACCUGGAUCAUCCUGCACCACCGCAUCUACGAUGUCACCAAGUUCCUGGACGAGCACCCAGGAGGUGAAGAGGUCCUCAGGGAGCAAGCUGGAGGAGAUGCUACUGAGAACUUUGAAGAUGUUGGGCAUUCCACAGAUGCAAGGACGAUGUCAGAAUCUUUUAUUAUUGGGGAACUUCAUCCGGAUGAUAGACCGAAGCUUCAGAAACCAACAGAAACUCUUAUCACCACUGUUCAGUCUACUUCCAGUUCGUGGUCCAACUGGGUGAUCCCAGCAAUAGCAGCAAUUAUUGUGGCCCUGAUGUACCGUUCCUACAUGUCAGAGUAAGCGCCUUAUGGAGAACUAAGGCAAGAAGAGAAUACAUUCUCUGGAAGAGAAUAUAAGCAAUCCUAACCCAAUAUGUUUCUGGACGAAAGCCUCGUGUCUGAAAAAAAAUUCAGCUUUUUCAGAAAACUGAAAAAUUCUUUUCUGCUGUGCACUUUUCUUAAUGUUGCCUUCUGAUGUGCUGCUCUGAAGUGAUAAAAAGGCAGCAUUUCUCUUUUUGUAUAACAAUUUUAUUCUCUAAUGAAUUAUUGGAUAACUGUAUUGGUUUCUAUGUUAGAAUAUUGUUUUAUAUGUAACACUGAUUCUGGUUAUUUCUCUUUAAUCUGUAAUGGGGUCCAUAGGACUCUCUUUACAUAUACAUUUUACAGCUUUAAAUGACUACCAAAACUGUGUACAUGUAUUUGUCUAUGUAUACAAAUUAACUUAAAAAAUCAUGUUGUCUUCUUAAAUGUAGUAUGUUUGAAUGAAAUGCAAAUUAAAUGUAAUGAAUAAAACUGAGUGGAGUAGUGGUUAUAGGUGCCUGUAAGCCGUUGGGCCCUACCAGUCAGGCUAUAAUGAGCUGAUUUUUUUACAUUUCUUCUGGCAUCUGCUCUUAUAGUUGUUGUCGAUACUCCUACUAGCAAACUGUUCUGUUUGUAUCCUGUUGAAAAAUUGAGGUGAAAUGUGAAACUCAAUGUUUGGCCCAAUUAUGUCUGUCUCACUUACGUGAAAAAUAUAUAUUUUUUUCGAAAAAGGCAGAAAAAAGUAACUGCUACUAAAUAGUACUACUCCUGCCAAACACUCAGGUGACUGUAAAAUUUGUUCUGGGACUUUCAGGCUUUGGUAAAAUCUUUAACUUUGUCAUGUACAUUGUGAGCGGGGAAAAAAAUGAUAGAUGAAAUCUAUUUCUGACUCUUCUGUGAUGUGCUCCUUGGUGUUUUACUCCAAAGAGAUGACUAUUUUCAGCCCUCAAUAUACAAGAUAACUGAAAGUUUGCAUUUUGUGGUGAACAUUUUUAGUCAUGUGUAAAUGAUCAUGAAUAAAAGUUUAACUACUUACACCUGCUGGCUCAAA